AACCUCAAUACCGAUCAGAGCAUAGAAUCCAGAAACGCAGGGCGAAGAAUAAGAAGAAGAAACAAAAGCAAAUGGUGAACAAAGCAUGGAAGAUCAUUCCAAGGCCUUUACUUGAAACAAUCCUCAACAAUCACGCCCAACACCACUGUGUCCCUCAGCCCCUCAUUCUCCACGGCCCCCGUGGCGUCGGCAAAACCACUCUUAUCCUCGACCGUCUUCUUGGUGAAUGGAACGAAGGUCCUCACUUAACCGGCUAUGUCGACUUCGCUCAAUCCAUUAAAGACCACCAUCCCAAUUUCGAUGGCUCAUUUCCUUGGUAUUCUUGGUCCUCCUGUGAGUUACCGUCUUUAUCCAGCUGCCGAACCCAGCUCGAGAACUGUCUCGAAUCUAUCGCUCAUAAAGGCAUCAAGCUUGGAACCAUAAGUUCACAUCAAAUCUUUACUACUCUAAACAAAUUGCACGGUAUUAACACUGCCCUUCGCCGGAUACUUAACCAAAACGCUUCUAAAACUGCUAUUUCUGAUAAGAUUUCCAGCUCGGGUUUGUGUGAUCGUGUCCUUUUUGCUUUAUCUGCUAGAUAUAAUGCCUCGGAGAUUGAUGGGGUUCUGGAUUUUCGAGAGAGUGGGAAGACUUUGUCUAUCGACGAGGCUUCUUAUUUUAAGGAAGCAGUUGUGGCGUUGAGAUUGGCUAAGGAGGUGAUUAAAUUGCAGCAAAAGUGGAGAGCUAAUGCCAUUUCUGAUUUGAAUAGGAGUGUACGGUUUUCGAGGUCGCUGGCAAAUUCAUGUACUGAUUGGCCUUGUUUGUUGCUUGAGUUGAUCUCUCAAGCUGCUGAGAUUGACCAUUUUCAGCCGAAGUUGGUCAUAAAUAAUGUUGAAAUUCUUCGGAAUGCAAUGUUGACUGAAGAGACAUCGGUGUGUGGAUCAAUGUACCAUGACAGUUUGAUUUGGAGAAUAAUUGCUUUAGGAGCAAAUGAGCGAUGCCUGCCUGUUAUACUUGUGACGUCAGAUAGCUACUAUUCAUAUCAAGCUUUCAUGGAUUUUGGGUUUCCAGAUAUAUUCGUCUCUCGUGAGACCUUUGGUUGGACUCCACAAGAAGCUAAAAUGCACAUGGUUACUGAUUACUUCAUCCAUUCCGAGUGGAUGGUGAUUGAUGAUGUGCUUGGGCCAAACCCUCGACAUCUAUUUGAGCUUUAUGUGCUUAAACAAAGCAAUUAUUACCAAAAGUUGAUGGACAACGAGGCAAGUACAUUUGAAGAUAUUGUGGAUGCAUAUUUAGCGUAUUUGCAAGCUACUGUUGUCAAUCCUUCAAUGGAUAAAGCAUUGAUGAUCCUGCAAAAAUUUGCCAUUGAUGCUCAAAGUGGAGAGAUUUUAGAAGAUAAAUUGCGUUUUGGUGCUCCUUGGAGACACCCUCCAUCAUCCAACAACCCUGCUAAACUUAAGGAAUGGGCAAAGAUUCAACUAAUGGAUUUUGUUCAAUCUCUAGUUAAUGCAGAAUUUGGUGUUAAUUAUCUAGCUGACUGCAGCCUAGAGGUCUUGGAUGAUCCAGCUGCUGUUGCAUUAGUGGAGGUUGGCUUGCUCUAUGCUCAAAGGGAUCCCUCUUUAUUUCGCCCCAUCUCUAAAGGUAUUCAGAGGUGUCUUGCAAGAUGGCUUGUCCAGGAGUGCAUGCUGUUGAGUUACCAAAACUUGCUUCAGUAUAUCUGGCAGCGGAUUAUACGUGGUCGUAGCUACCGUCAUUUGAUGCUGCAAGUGGGCUAUGAUAAAUACUAGAAAAUAGGAGAGGAUGCAGCACAUAUCAAUCCAAGAUCGUCUUGGCAUAGAUGUUCAAAGCUUCACAUGAAAUUUGAGCCCUACUGUUGUACAAGUUCCUCAUCUGAUUUUCCAUAUAUUCCUACCCUAACAGCUUCAUUUAUCAGUGUUAAUUUACUACACGGGGACAUGUAGUAAAUAUGUCAAAGCUUCAACAUUAUUGUUAUAGUCCAACAUGGCUGCCAUUUCUGUGGGAUUGAGAAUGAGAACUAAGAAUUUGACUCAACUAAUUUGCAUAUACAUUUUCUACGAGAGACAAGUUUUAGUACGUAAAAAGCAUUAGUUCCCUUAAUGGAUUGUGCGACUGCUGUGUCAUGUUGUCUGCAAGCUUAUCCCUCCUUGAAAAUGGCAGCUCGGGGUGAUCCCGAUUCUUGUUUGUUGCUAAGAUAUAUCUAUUUAAUCCCGAACCGUUUCCAAGACAUUCUCGUCCAAUAUUCAUUUAUUUGUGUUGCUAACUUGCUAUUCCAUUUAACAGUUCAUAAAAGUAUGACAUUCAUCUAAGGGUACUCAUUUUACAUGGUGAGAGCUCCGUAAUUGCAUGUAGUUUGUUUAGUUUCUUUCCAUUAUCAGAAUGAAUUGUAGCUAUUGGAACUGGGGAAGUUGGUCUCUUU